AUGGCCUCCAGCAACACAGUAUCAAAAGAGGAAUUAAAGAAAGCAUUUGAAGAAGCUGAUGAAAAUAAGAGUGGCAAACUCAACUAUUAACAGUUCACAGCUUUUGCAUCAAAGUUCGAGUAAAUUUCACAUAAGGAUGUUAAUGAUAUAUUUAAGCACUAAGAACUUCAUUAAGAUGAAAAGGCUAUAUCUUUAGAAGAAUUUUAUGUAUGGUGGGACAACAAAGAAAAGAAUCUCCUCCCUGUUUUCUACUUUAAGCAACAAAUGCAAAAAUAAAUAUCUAAAGCUAAGAAAGUAAUUUAAAAAUAAAAGGAAAGUGGACCAUAAUAAUAUGAGCAGAGUAAAUUUGAAGUUUCUAUUAACAAUGGAACAAAUGAAGGCUAAACUCUUUUGAGCCUCUAUCUCUCAAGUCAUUAGUAGUCAAAGAAAGACUGCUAAAAAUAUUAAGAAUUAUUUAAGUUAGGUUCUAAGCCUGGUUUUAUUAUUAAGCUAAAAACAUCUAAGAAUGUAGAUGAGGCCAAGACAGCUCUUGAGGAUUUAGUAGAAUAAGUAAAGUAGUUUGUUGAAUGCAUUCUACCUGUUGAAAUUUCUGAAUAAUACAUGUCUAUGCUUGAUAUUUAGGUUGAAAAGGAUGGCAAUGAUCUCCUUCUUUCAUUUUCUAGUGGAAACAACCUUAUUACUUCUCUUGCUGAUUCUUAUCAAAAUAUUGUUAAUGAAUUUAAAGUUGAUGACUAAAGCAUUGUUUUAAAGCUAAGCUGCUCAAGUUAAUUGAACAUCGAGAAAUCAGCUUCAACUGCCAAUAGUAUUUUAGCUGAUUUAAUUAAAGGUUUACAAAUAAAUGCUAGCUUUUCUGCUUCUUCAUUUAUGCUAGAUAAUUUAAGAAAUAUUCUCUAUUCUAAAAUUCUUAAGGAAAUAAAACAAGAAGAUGGCUCUUAUGCUGAGUAUUCAAGAAGAAAGAAAUAAGAGGAAGCUGCAUUUUUAGUUUUAGCCUCAUUAAUUAAUGGAAUUUCAAUUAACUUGAAUACCUAAAAAAUAGAAGAUAUGCUUCCUGCUUCAAUAACUGGUUUCACUUUUGAAGAACUCAUUUCAAAUGCCAAGAAGUAUACAACAAGUGCUGAAGAUUAACUUUAAUUACCUAUUAUCUAAGAAUUAAUAUAAUUCUUUAACGAAUAUACUCUUUCUGAUGUUGAAUGCUUAGGUAUUUUCCCAGAAUCAUUUGUUAGUAUCCAUUUUAAGACUAUUGGACUUUCUACUAUUCUUGGUAAGAUAUUAAAUGUGUGA